UUUCCUCCCUUUCUGGCUUUUAUUUAUUUUUGAUUUUGCACCUGCCAACUUUUGCUUUUGCUUAUACUGCCAAUAAUUUUUCUUUUCUUUAUUUUGCGCGCAUCUUCUGCUAUUUAAUUCUCUGGAUCGGGAUGGUUCUUCUUUUGCUUCCUCUAAACGGGCCCGGCUUACUCCCAACUUCAGCUGCACCUGCCAACUUGUUUUGGGUUCUCCCCUCCAGUGUCCCAUCUUCAUUUUAUUCAAACAAUUUGCAAACUUUCACAAAUUAUUAUUUAUUUUUAUUUUCUUCUUUCUCCUGGGCUUAUACAACGGUAAGGUUAAUCGACUUUUCUGAUUUUCCUUCAACCUUCAGAUGUGUUCCAUUACUUACUUCCUUCUUUUCACACUUCUGA